AUGUUCGAUCAAGCAUGCAUCACAAACUGGGUUUCAGUCAAGGUCCCAGAGGCGAAGGACAGGAGGGAACUAUGGCUCGGAAGAUUUCCUCUUGCACAUGCCUUCACCUUAGUUCUUGCUGCUCGACGACGUCCGAAAAUAGCUGCAUUACCCGCAUACCCCUCCAAUAAGACACAGCAAGAGCAGGAGCGAUGGAUCUUGGCAGAGACGUGGCAAUUACAGUCCACUACUUUUACAGAUCUGGACAAGAGCAAGGUGGAUGUGGACAAAGAAUGCCUUUGGAUCGUUGAAGAACGCAUGUUCGAACGAUCUGCAGCGGCAGGCAAGGCUGGACACUUUCAAUGGGGGCUUGACAAAGGCACCCAUCAAGAGAAGUGGGAUCCCUGGGAGAGACUGCCUCCACACUGGAACCACGGAGAUGGAGACGGUAGUGAAUCUGAACUGGAGGUUGGGCGCAAGUUUAUUGACACCGAGGAUGUUAAAGUACCUCAGAAACGGCCCGCAAGCCCACCAAAGCGAUCAAUCCACCCUCGACCAGUGAAGAGAAGAAAGACCCGAACAGAGUGCUGA